AGUUAUAUAACACCCGUUGAGAAGAAAGACCAACUAUCUAACCGCGUUGUCUCUCUCUCUCUCUCUCUCUCUCUCUCUUGCUUCGUUUUGUUGCUCGAUCGGACCCGUUUCUCUCUCUUUAGAGAAGUGCUCGUGUUGGUAUUCUAUUAAGUAAUAUAAUAUCUGAAAGCAGUUACAGUAAAGAAGAAGAAGAAGAAGAAGAAGAAGAAGGAGAGAGAGAGAGAGAGAGAGAGAGAGAGAGAGAGAGAGAGAGAGAGAGAGAGAGAGAGAGAGAGAGUCAAUGUUUCGGUUACAGAGGCAUAACAGAGGAACCAAAUCAGGAGAGAGAAUCGAUUUCAAGUUCUCGAACUUCCAAGCCAUUCAGGUACCAAAAGGAUGGGACAAGCUUUGUGUGACUGCCAUCUCUGUAGAAACUGGAAAACAGAUUGCAAAAUCAAGCAAAGCACCGGCAAGAAACGGAAAUUGCCAAUGGGUUGAGACUUGGUCGGAAUCUAUUUGGUUUUCGCGAGAUGAUUCUGCUAAAGCUCCUGAAGAGUGUCUCUUCAAGUUUGUCGUGGCCAUGGGAUCAACAAGAUCUGGCAUCCUUGGAGAGGCCACUGUCAAUAUGGCCGAUUAUAUGAGUUCAAAAGCUUCUGUUCCAAUUCUUUUGCCCUUAAAGAAGUGCAAUUAUGGGUCGAUUUUACAAGUUAAAAUCCAGUGCCUAACGCCACGAACUAAGCUCAGGGAUGAAGAAUCGAAGCACUCCAAUUUUCACACGGAAGAACAGGAUGCAGAUCAUCAAGACAUGGAGAGUAAGUCAAAUGGGUCUAACGUUGGAUCCCCCUCAAGUAAAGAUUUGAGCUCCGCUUCACAUCCUGAAGAACUUCCAAGCAGGGAAACAAGCUUCUCCGCAACUGCUUCACAUCACAGCCUAAAUGGAGAGGAUAACAAUUCAGUCGGUAGACAAGACUCCAUCAGUUCUGCCGAUAGUUGUCCUCACAUUAAUUAUCCUGCCGAAGACCCUUCUCGGUCAAACCACUCAUCAUUUGCCUCAAGGGUUACACAUAAGUCGGUGAAUGAUUCUCAGAACCAAUUGCGAGAGUCUCCACUCAAUUCUGCACGCAUGAACAAUGCAUCUUCACCUAUUCUGAGUGCCAGUUCUUCAAAAAAAAUUCUACAAGCGGCAGAAGAGACAAUUGAGGAGCUCCGUGUGGAAGCCAAAAUGUGGGAGAGAGAUGCUCGGAAGCUAAUGCUCGAUUUAAAUGUAUUGAGAAUGGAAUUCUCAGAUCAGUCAAGAAAGCAGGCGGAUUUAGCUAUGGAGCUGGCAGCAGCUUAUACGGAAUGCGAUGGCUUGAAGAAAGAAGUUGAGAAUAUGAAGAUAAUGUUGGAGGAAUCAAUGUUGAAAGAAAAAUCCGGUGAGGAUUUGAGUUUUCAAUCCGAAGGUGCAAUACGCAUUCAGAAGGAAAUGGAAAAUGAGAUCAAAUUUCAGCGCGAAUGUAAUGACAAUUUGUCUAUGCAGUUGGAGAGGAGUCAAGAAUCAACUAUUGAGCUUCUUAGUAUUCUUCAAGAACUGGAAGAGACCAUAGAAAAGCAGAAAGUUGAGAUCAAGAAUCUUUCGGCACAAGAAUUGAAAUUCGAUGAUAUGGAAUCAGAGGAAAAUAGGAGUUUAUUACUCCAGCUGGAACAGCUUCAGGAUUCGGAGAAGAAGUUGCAAGGCAAAAGCAAUGAGGCGAAGAGGGAUUCUGGUUGGAAGAACCAGACUGUUCCCGAAAUUGAGAUGGAAUAUAAAUGUAAAUUGUCUUCAAAAGAACAAGAAAUUGCCAUUUUGGAAGCAAAACUAUCGGAAGCUCUCGUGAGUAGACAAACGGAUGAAAUGGAUACAACCUGUGGAAGUAAGGAGGAUUUGAUGAGAGAAAUUGAUGCCUUGAAAGAGAAAUUGCAGGAGCUAGAGAUGGAUUGCAAUGAGUUGACCAACGAAAAUUUGGAGCUUUUAUUCAAGCUUAAGGAUCACAAGAGCAAUUGCACAUCAUUUGAUAAUUCGAUUGCCAUUUCAGAGUCUGAGAUGAGUGAUCGUAGAUCUCAUAUUCAGGAUUUGCAAGAGAAGCUGAAGAAGACAGUAAUUGAGAAGGAUUGGCUUGCUUUUCUUGAAUCAUCUAAAAUCCCUGAUAUAGUUGAACAGCUUCGGAUGGCAUUUUAUCAUGUCAAAAAGUCAUGGUAUAAUAUUCCUUCUCCUGUAAGUAACGACAUUGAAUCUGAUCUGUAUGAUUUGGUGAAUUUUAAGAACACAGAUACGAAUGAUCCGGAAGGGUUUGCUGAUUGUAUCUUGGAUUCUAUUGCUGGGCUGAACAACUUAUUGGAAGAAAGGAUUGUUCGGUGUGAAGAAGUUCUUAGAAAUGGUGAACUUGAGAUGAAAGAGAGGAAUGUUUGUGUUGUAGAAUCUCAAAAGAUGGUUGAAGAUUACAUUUUGAAGGAAGAAAACCUUUCUCUUUCGAUUCAAGAACUUGAGAGUUCAAACAUAGGUCUGGAAUCUAGUCUUGAGCAUCUAGAAAAAGAAUUGGAAGAAAAAACAAUGGCAUUUGAGAAGCUUGAGGCAAAUUUGUUGUCAAAGGAAGAGGAGAUUGGAUUUCUCCGGGGGGCCAGGGUGGAAUUCAAGUCUCAGAUUUCUGAUCUUAAAAGGGAAAAGAUUGAGCUGGAGGAAAGCAUGGAAACUUUGCUGAGGGAAAGCGAAGUCACCUCUAAAUGCUUGGAUGAUCUACGAAAUGAUUUAAUGGUGCUAAGCAGCUGUAUGGAUUCCCAUGUUUCAGAAAACAAGAUCCUUGAAGCGAAAUGUUCGGAGCUGGAAAUGCAGAAACAGGAAUUGGAGCACCAGUUGUCAAAUCUGGAAAAUGAAAACAUGCAGUUAUCGCAAAGCAUGUCUGAGUUGGAGGCUCAACUUAGGUAUGUUACAGAUGAGAGGGACUCCUGUCUAUUGGAAAUAGAGAACUCCAAAUCCGCUGCUUUGAGUCUCCAAGAUGAGAUCGGAAGAUUUAGAACUGAGAUGGAGGCAGAAAAACUGGAUCUCAGAGAAAAAUUAAAAGAUCCUCAAAAUCAGUGUUCAGAAGCCCAAAAGGAGUGUGAAAAUCUUAAAAUACAGAAUCAGAAAUUUCAAGUAUCUGCAGAGGGUCUCCUUGAAGAAUGCGAUGAACUUCAGAAGGAAAAUGGCGAACUGAGGAAGCAGAAUUUGGACUUGUAUGAGAAUCUCACAGACUUGGAGACCAAAUUGAGAGAAUCACAAGAAAAAUGCUCCAAGUACUCUAAAAUGGUUGAAACCUUAGAAGCAAACCUAUCUGAAAUGCUGGAAGAUUUUGUCUUGAAAGAGAAAAGCAGGACUUUGGAAAUAGACGCUCUACUUCAAGAAAAUGGAAACCUGAAGGAGAAACUUGCUACAGUAGAAAGCUUGUCAAAUCGGACGAACUUGGAGAAGACAGCUGAAAUUGAGAACCUUCAUAUAGAGAAAGAUCAAAGUUCUGCGACUUGCAAUGAUAAAGAGAGAAUAGCUUCUGAAGCUGUGCAUGAAGUAUCUAGUUUACUAGCAACUAAAGCUAAGUUGGAAUAUGAUAUUGAAGAGCUCAAAUCUAAAGUUAAAUUGACUGAGAAUGAGCUUGAUAUUGUCAGAAGAGAGUCUGAAGUGAAGGUACAGGGUUUGAUUUCUGAGCUUUCUAGUUCCAAAAAAGACCAUGAGUUAUUAGUGGCUGCUUGUGAAAAAAUGUUGAUAUCAUUGGGAAUUAGAAGGUCAAGUGAAGAGAAACUGCCGACAACUAUAAAUGAUAUUGAACUAAAGCUUACUGUUUCAGAACACGAACGCCAACUACUCAUUGAAGAAACUGCCAAUUUGAAGGUUCAGUUGUGGAAGGUAGCACUCCUUCAGGAUGAAAUUUUGGGUUUAAAGAGUGAAAAGGAAAAAAUGGAAGCUUCCAUGCGGUCAGUGUCCAGAGAUUGUGAAGAAUUGAAGGCUGAGAAGAUCAAGUUGAUUCAGAAAAUGUCUAGCUUGGAAACUGCAAUUGCUGAAUUUGAAGAGAGCAAUUUUCGGAAAGUUGCUUUGGAAGAAAAAAUUUCAAGGGUGGAAAGUGACAUGUUAGCAAGAGAGAAAGAUGUCUCGAGAGCAAACAAGCAAUUUGAGUUGGAAAUACACCAACUUGAGGAGGAGAAGGGUGAAUGCCUGAAGAAAUCUCAAGCACUUGAGGAGAAUCUUAAGUCAAUGGAGGAGCAGAUAAAGGUCCAAAGUCAAUCCAGGAGUAAACAGGGUGAUACCAAGUAUGAUGAUCAAGAUGAGAGUCCCCGUGCUACUCGAGUGGACCAUAUAGCCAAAGUGCAGUUGCUUGAGAAUGAGCUUGCUCAGGCGAUGGAAGCGAAUAACAAAUACAAAAUCCAGCUUCAUAGGCUUUUGUCGGAGGGGAGAAGCAAUCACGCAGAUUCUCUCAGGAAAUCAACACCUGAAGGUGAAGUAGUAGCAAAAGAAAUUUUUGAGAACACGAAGUCCUCGCUAGAGAGAGAACUAAAAGACUUAGAGGAUCGCUACUUCCAAAUGAGUCUCAAAUAUGCUGAAGUUGAGAACCAGAAAGACGACCUUGUGAUGAAGCUCAGGGAGGCUAAGAAUGGAAAGAAAUUGUUCUCAUAAAUCCACACAAUUGUUCCAAGUGAGUUUUUACAGGGAAAUUUUUGAAUCUUGAAUUCAUAUUCUUGUUUGGGGAUAAACUGUGUGAGGAUGUGAGCUAUUACACAAUAGGCAAUCAGGAAGGCUAGAUUGUACAGAACUAAACUCCGUGUCAUGCCUAAAAAAUAAUGGAAAUUCAAAUUCUCUC